AUGUGUUCCUCGUCCAUAAACGAGAGCACCCCCCUCAUGGCCGAUAUGUCACAUGACGCGGCCAUGUACACCUUGCCUCCCCCUUCCGCUCUCUCUCGUUCUAUUCCACAAGAAAACUUAGAUGUUGAAGUAAAUGCAUUUACUGCUGCUCCGAUCAAACCUGAAUCCAUCAUCUCCAUGGGAGUUCGCAUUUAUCAUGAACGUUCUGCAUCACCUUCAUACGACCGGGUUACUUGUGAUCUUGUUUCUCCACCUCUCUGUGGAUCCUUCAACUUGCUUCAUGUCUUGAAGUUUUCGGACGGAACCAAAUGGAUCCUUCGAAUUCCUAUGGAAGGCCCGGAAGGAUUCCCUACCGAUGGGCGUCAACUGGAAUCGGAGGUGAAGACGAUGCGUUUCAUCCGCCAAAACACCACUAUUCCCAUUCCUGACAUUAUUAGCUUUGAUGGCACAACCGAAAAUGAGAUUGGAUGGCCUUAUUUCAUGAUGGAAUUUGUUGAGGGCACUCCUGUUUCUAGAAUAUGGUUCGAUGAGACUGGAAAAACUCCGCUCGAGGAGCGACGUCACAGGAUCUUGGACACACUCGCUGGUGCCAUGUCCCAGCUGAAGGAUUUUAGCUUCAACAGAAUUGGAUCUCUUCAAUUUGAUGAUGACCCACGAUCAGAUUUAUUCCUCACCCCAAAUACAGGCCCGAUAAGCACAAUCGACGAACAGAACGAAAUGGCCCAGCGCAGAGAAGGAGUGGAUACUGGCCCUCUAUUCAAAAUGAUUGGCCCGUUUACCAAUUCGCAAGAAUACCUUACCGCUUUGUUGGACGGACAGGGUUCUCCAGAAAGUCCUUACUCAAUUGGAAUGCACAAAUUACUUAGAAUGAUGAUCAAAUGUCUCCCGCUUUCACAGCCUGAUAAAGGCGAAGAAUCAUUCGAGAUCGCUCACCCAGACUUUGGUGGCCAGAAUUUUCUUGUAUCUGAGGACGGAACCCUGACCGCUGUUAUUGAUUGGGAUAACGUCCACACUUCCCCUUUAUGGAUCGGAUGUCGUUCGUAUCCAGCAUGGCUCACCCGAGACUGGGACCCCAUAAUGUACGGCUAUGGCAAUCCGAAUUGCGUAUCCGAAGAUUCUCCAGAAAAGCUCGAAGCAUAUCGCAAAUACUACGCGGAAAAGAUGGCCUCUUUGGGUAGUGCCAGGUUUACUACCAAAUCUCAUCUCUACGAGUCUAUCGCCAUUGCUGCAUCUAGUCCACUUUGUAUCUAUGAGAUUGUAGACAAGUUCUUUCACCACAUGUUUCCGGAGGAGGCUCAAGAAUCUUCCGAUGACGAAAGUGAGGAUGAUACCGAUGAGGAUGAUAGUCAAGACGGCGAUGAUGCGAACGACGAUGACGAAAACGAUUCCAAAAAAGACAAGAACGAGGAGGUUGAGGAUGAUUCCGAGGAGGAGGACGACAACGAAGAAGAGGACGACGAUGAGGUUCCAGGUUUGUGGAAGGUUACUCAAGCGCUGGCUGGCGACGGUCUGAGCAAAAAGGUCGAGCAAAAAAUAAUCUCUAAAAUGCAAGAUUUGCUCUCGCUUCCAGAAGACAUCUCAACCAUCUCGGUGAUUCACACAAUUUCCAAGGCUGCAAAGAUCCGGCAGUUCAUUGGAAAGUGGACCGGAGCCACACUACUCUUCUCUUACUGCGCAUCUAUUCUUCCUGCCGGUGUGUCCUCAGCAAUCAAGAAAUGGCCUGGCUUCUUCAACUUUCUGCGGGGGCCUCGUGUCAAAACAAACGUGUCUAUGGUUUAA